AUGUGUUUAAACAUACCCUUGGAAUCACUCAUCAGCAAGAUCAUGGAGGCCACGUUCGCGUGUUUGCGGCCGGGGUACACAGUUAGAUCAUUGGAUGAAGAGCGGAUAAAGAAGUUUACUGCGGAACUGUUACAGGAGGGCACUGCUGUAAUCGUGGCUGAUAUGGUGGAGGCUUGCUCCAGCAAGAAAAAGAUAGGUCUCUUCUUCGACACGGUAAUCGGAGGUCCCGGCCAGCUGAUCCUACGCAUGGGAGCAAGCUUUUGUGCUACCGAUGGCGCUAAGAUAUCUUGUGUACCUCUCUUGGUGCGACCCGUGCAGUUCGACUGUGUGGGGAAUGACACCUCUGCUAAUGACAUCGACGAUACGAUUAGUGAGAUUGUAGACGUCUUGGCAGGACAUUGCCGCACACUGCAUGCAGCGUAUUCGAUCAAGUUUGCGUCCAUCUUGACGAAGGGCAUAAAUCUACACUCGACUAUCCGAACCAGGCUCAUCGAUCGGCUCGAGAGCUAUGGUUGCGCAGAUGGCAAAAUAGUUUGCAUCAACUGCGUCGACCUGGAAGUCAAUAUUUUGGUAUGCAGUCUGUUCUAUGAUGAAGAUGCUCCAUUACAACGGGUGCACGAGCUCUGCCUUCUCUCGUUGGAUCUAGUCCGACUAACUAAGAUUCAUGAAGGUGAUUUAGAGGGAUUAGCAAGCAACCUGCGACGUCCGAGCCGUGACCAUCCGAAGUCAGUACUUUUGGCAUUGGAGUUUGUGCUGGAGAACUGGAAGCAGCUCUCGAGGCUUGCUCGAUCCCUGGAUAUUGACGAAUUAUCAGACGAGGGAAGAAUGAUAGAUGAGAAAGUUCUCCAUAUGCUGCGUGAUAGAGAAUUCAAGCAGCUGGUCCAUUGCAUCUGGGAUGAAGUCGGGCGUUUCUUGAUGGAUACCUUAGACAGACUCGAAUGCGAUCCCUUCCUGAGCUCAUUCGAUGCAAUCUCAGCGGUGGCUGAAGCAUUCUCGCGAAUGAAUGCAUCGCCGAACUUGCCUGAGAACGUGAAGAAGAUACUUCAAAAGAGGGAGCCGAUAUACACGCAGAAAUACGGCUGGAUCGGAUCGCUCAAUCCCCACAUGUACAAGAGAGAAGAAGCCUGGUUAAAAGAGGCUAUCCGAAAGACGAUUCAGAGUACCCAGCACCAACAGGAUGACUCGGCUGAGGGUCACGAUGCGUGGAUCAGCGGAAUCAUAGACUACUUUCGACGGAGAGGUAAUCCCACGGGAGACUCCUUGAAAUUCGCCGUCACCUCCUAUAUCACAGUGAUUGUCUUCGCCAAUUUGUCUGCGUGUGCUGUUCUUGACUCGAGAGUGAUUAGAUUCUGA